UCGUCGCAAGUCACCACGGCAUGUCGUCAUCGUCAGGCCUUCCGCCGCCGGGAUAUACCGAGCCUGUGGGCAAAGGUGUGAGUAGCGCACCUCCUCCGAUGUACUCUGAUCAAGCUCCGCUCAUCGCCAAUGAGCAUGGCCGGCGACAGGGCCCGCCGCCCGCUCCGCCGUCGCUGUGGAAGGACGUGCCCUUCGCGGUCGCCUUUGUCCUCCUCCUCGUGGCAUUCGUCGUCUUCUCGGCCGCAACGUGGAACCGCAACUUCCUCAACGAGCACAAGCACUCGGAAAACGAUGGGCAGGAGAAGUCAUCCGGGAGCGACCUCGAUCCGGAGCUGCUGCGCAAGAUGGGCCGGAUUGCGGCGUACUGCACCGGGCUGGGCCUUCUGUUUGCAGCGCUCUGGCUCCAGAUCUGCAAGCAGUUCCCGAAGCAGAUGAUCUACAUUGCGCUCAUCACCAACGUGGUCAUCUGCUUUGGCAUCGCCAUCCUGUUCUUUGCGUACGGCAUCAUCAUUGGCGGGCUCAUCUGGCUCUUCUUUGCUUGCAUCUCUGUCCUGUUCUACUUUUUCUGGCGGCGGCGGAUUCCGUUUGCGGCGCAGAUGCUGGCGACGACGGUUGGCGUGGUGCACGAGUUCCCGGCCAUGGUCGGCUUCUCGUUCCUCUCGCUCUUUGCUCUGCUGACGUGGGUGGUGAUGUGGGUCUUUGGCGCCUCGUCGGCGGCCAACAUCAACAACGCUGGGCUCUACGUCCUCUGCGUCUUUGUCUUUUACUGGGUGGCGCAGGUGAUCAAGAACGUGAUCCACGUGACCUCGGCUGGCACCUUUGCCACGUGGUACUUUUUCGCCGGCUCGGCCGAGUUCCCGGCCAACCCGACGGUGGGCGCGUUCAAGCGUGCAACGACGUACUCGUUCGGCUCAGUCUGCUUCGGCUCGCUCAUCAUUGCCGUCAUCCAGACCGUCCGCUUUGUUCUCCGCUCGGCGCGCCGUGCCAACCGCAACCAGUUUGUUGUCGCCUGCGCCGACUGCCUCCUCGGCUGCAUCGAGUCGCUCGUCCAGUACUUUAACGUCUACGCCUUUACCCAGGUCGCUGUCUACGGCAAGGGCUACCGCGAGGCUGCGUCGGACACCUGGGAUCUGUUCAAGUCGCACGGCUUUGACGUGAUCGUCAACGAUGACCUCAUCGGCUCGGUCCUCGGCUUCUCGUCCUUUGUCUCGGGCCUCAUGGUCGCCCUUGCCGCCUUUGCUUGGGGCGCUUACGAGCUCGGCACCUCGGCUCACGCCCUGCCCUACCUCAUCGUCCUUGUCAUCAUCUGCUUCUUCAUCGGCCUCAUCGAGGCCUCGACUGUCUUUGAGGUCGUCAACUCGGGUGUCGCCGCCAUCAUGGUCUGCUUCUGUACCGCGCCCGACGUCCUUCAGCAGCGCCAGCCUGCGCUCUACAACCGCUUCCGCGAGCUCUACGGCCGCCGCAUCGGCUUCUUCACUUCGGGCUAACCUGUAGUAUCCUCUCUUCCACUGGGGCUGGCCAUGUAGGCGCCCCAAUCCAAAAAAACCACUCCCCCCCCCC